AUGCCUGAGGGAGAGGGAGGUCCGGCUCCCAACCAGGCCCAGGGCCAAUCUCAGGGAUCCAGAGGAGGAAAUUCACGCGGAGGACGUCGCAGAGGCCGCGGAGGAAGGGGACGUGGCCGCGGAAAUGGAAAUGGUGCCUCUCGUGGGGGCAGAAACGCCCCUACGGAGGGAGAUGCCCCAGCGCCCAGCUCUGUGGCGACGGCCCAGCCGGCAGCCCAGCUAGACCUGUCUUCUACCCCUGAAAGUUCAGGAGCGUCGAGAGGCAGGCGAGGUAGACGCGGAGGACGAUCUGGCGGUGCUCGUGGCUCAGAAACCCAGCCACGAGGCUCGUUCCAGGUGGGACCGCAACGGCGGUUUGGUGGUCGCUUAACCAGCAAUGUCGACGAGGUUAGCCAAGCCAACACGGAUGCACAGCUUUCAUUAAGCGCAGAUGCUCCAGAGUUUGUCCCCGGCCAACCCGUUGCUACAAGAAGAUCGCGGAAUCGACGGAAACCGAAGAAGACUAGGGUAGAGGUACCGAAGUCCACCGCCUCCGAACUCUGGCAACGAAUACAGGAGGAUAUUAGCAAUUUCAACUACGAAUGCCGAGUCUGCACCGAAGAGAUCACUCGGGAAUGCAAAGUUUGGUCGUGUACUACCUGCUGGACCGUUGUCCAUCUGAACUGUGCUCAAGAAUGGUACGAUAGCUCCAUGAAGAUCGACAACAGCUCAGGCGACCCAGUCUGGCGCUGCCCUGGCUGCAACUCGCACCUCUCCGAAGGACCCAACUCCUAUCAUUGUUGGUGCGGCAAAGAGACCAGUCCAAGCCAGACCAGCAACUUUCUGCCUCCACACUCUUGUGGACAGACAUGCUCCAAACCGAAGUCGACCUGCCCUCAUCCUUGUCCUCUUCAAUGUCACGCCGGACCUUGUCCGCCUUGUGCAGUGUUGAGUCCACCAGAGCCCUGCUACUGUGGCAAACAAACGAAUCGCAAGCCGUGCAGGGAAACUGACUAUCACAAUGGUUGGAGUUGUCAAGAGGCCUGUGGCGACUUCCUUUCUUGUGGAGAGCACAUGUGCUCCCAACCCUGUCACCCAGGGCUCUGUGGAGAUUGCCCCGUCCCGAUUAGUGCGAAAUGUUACUGCGGGAAGGUCGGCAAGGAGAUGAAGUGCUCACAGCAAGACGACGUGUGCGACUCCUACGAUCCGGCAAAGGACACUUGGUUCACAGGCUCCUUCAAUUGUGGAAACACCUGUGGAAGAGCCUAUGACUGCGGUGUUCAUACGUGCGAAACAUCUUGCCAUGCUCAAGAUGAGUUACCAGCACACUGCCCCUUGGCCCCGGAUGUGGUAACCCAUUGUCCCUGUGGGAAGACCCUACUCGAAGAUCUCAUGGACCACCCGAGAGGGUCUUGUGAGGACGAAAUUUCCCACUGCGACAAACCGUGUCAGAGGCUUCUCCCAUGCGGUCAUCUCUGCACCUCUCUGUGCCAUAUUGGUGACUGUAGCCCAUGCGGCGAGAUUAUGGACAUUGAUUGCCGCUGCGGUCGAGUCACAAACGAGACUAUCUGCCACCAAGGUGACGUGCAGAAUCCGCUGUGCUUCAAAGUUUGCCAGGCAACGAGGAACUGUGGACGUCACCGAUGUGGCGAGCGUUGUUGCUCCGGUGACAAGAAGGCGCAACAAAGGAUUGCUCAACAGAAAAAGAAACGCUCAGGUGUUGACUCCAUUCCCGUUGAGGCAGAGCAUAUUUGCCUUCAGGUCUGUGGUCGACCCCUGAAAUGCGGCAGCCACGCAUGCGAGAAGCUCUGCCAUCGCGGACCCUGCUCGACUUGCCCAGAAGCUGUCUGGGAAGAAAUUAGCUGCAGUUGUGGCACAACUGUUCUGCAACCACCUCAGCCUUGUGGAACUCGACAACCAUAUUGCACGUCAAAGUGUAGACGACAUCCAGCUUGUGGGCAUCCAACGGUUGACCACCAAUGUCAUUCUGACGAUGUUGAGUGUCCUCCGUGCCCCUAUCUGACUGAAAAGACUUGCGCUUGUGGAAAAAAGACGUUCGCCAACAAGCCAUGCCAUCUUCAGCUUGCCCAUUGUGGGGAGGCUUGUGGACAAAAGCUCCAGUGCGGACUUCAUGCAUGCCGAAAGCUCUGCCAUCGUCCUGGCGAGUGCGGCGACGCUCAGAAUGGCUGCGAGCAGGUUUGCGGAAAGACGAAACUCUUCUGCAACCAUACCUGCCAGAAUGUCUGCCACGGCCAAACUCCCUGUAACGAGUCAAACGCAUGCCAGAUGAAGAUGUUCGUCGCAUGCCCCUGCGGUAAUCGUAAGAAGGAGUUCAAAUGCCUGGCCGGCUCAUUGAACCCAGAGCCAGUACGACCAGAGCAAAAGUGCGACGAGGAGUGCGAGCGUCUUGACCGUAACCGCCGUCUUGCUGCUGCCCUCAACAUCGACCCUGCCACGCACACCAACGACCAUGUUCCCUUCUCCGACAACACCCUUAAGCUCUAUAAGGAGUUUACUACCUGGGGCGACCGCCAAGAGAGCGAGUUUCGCGUUUUCGCGGCGAACCAGGAGGAGGUCCGCCUACGAUACGAGCCCAUGCGUAACCAGUCGCGCCAGUUUCUUCACCUCCUUGCCGAGGACUUUGGCCUAGAGAGUAAGAGCGAUGACUACGAUACCCAACGGGCUGUGGUCGUGUGGAAGACGGAGCGCUUCGUCUCGGCCCCGUCCAAGACUCUCGCCCAGUGCGUCAAGAUCCGAGCCGCCCAGGCUGCCCAGGCCGCAGCAGAAGCGGCCAUCCGGCCCCCGAGUCCUCCGGCAAUGGGGAACGAACCCUUCAACGGCUUCGUCCUCACUACGCCCCGCUUCGGUAUCACCAUUGAAGAGAUUACAGCCGGCCUAGAGACGGACCUCGCUACGCUUCCAUCCUUCCAGUUCAAGACCGAAUUCACCACCCACAUCGAGCCCAAUGAUGAAGUCUUCAUCAAGGCUACGGCACAGUACGCUGCCUUCCUAACCUCCUCCUCUGUCGAGACGAGCCUUACGAGUCUCAAGCCCCGCCUCGAACAGACGCUGAGCCGAGACAAACUCGCGGAGGGUAUCUUGCUUUGCCAUAUCGAUACUAGCGGGGCUGUCACCCGUCGCGAGGCGCCCCGCCGUCCCGGCGCAGGCGGAUGGAGUGCUGUUGCCGGUCGCGCGGCCUCGUGGAGGACCACUUCCGCCGCGGAAGAUGAGGCUAGCAAGGCACCCGGGCGCCGCUUUGUCGGCUUGAGGAAGAAGAAGCCCCAACAACCCGAGGCGGGCAAGGUAUGGGCAGCGCUAGAUGGGGAUGUAGAGUGCUAG